AUGAUAAAUAAAUUAGAAAAUCUAGCAAAUGAAAUUCUUCUUAUUAUAUUAUCUUAUAUACCAUGGUUUCAAAUCAUAGAAUCAUUUUGGUCAUUAAAUAAACGAUUAAAUAGUCUUAUUUAUUUAAAGACUUUAAUGAAUAAUAAUGGAAUAAUUAUUCAUAAACGAUUUUUAUCUUUUAAUAGAUAUCAUUCAAUAAUGACAUCGAAAAUUUGUGAUUUGUUAUCAUUUUUUUCCUGUAUAGAAUGGAUGGAUAUUGAUGGAAAUCAUUCAAAUUAUGAUGAUAUUAUAUGUCAAUGGAUUUUUCAUCGUGAAAUUCUUUAUUUUGUUAAUUUAAAAAAGCUUAUUCUUAGAGAAUGUUAUUUAACAGAAAAAUCUCUUAAAAAUUUAUCAUUACUUAUUCAAUAUCAAUUAGAUGAAUUAAUAUUAAUAUUUGAUAAAAAUAUUUUUGCAUUAUUUUGUUAUGGAGCACGAAUUCUAAGAAAACGCUUUAAUCGAGAAUACAAAUUGAUGCUCAUGUUUCAAGAAUUUGUACGUCGAUUGUUUUCUGAUAAAUGUCAAUUAACUUCUCUCGAACUUGAUUUAUCAACUGAUUUUUUUAAUGUUAAUAUUCAUAAAUGUUUUUCAACAAUUACCAAUAAACCUGUUACACAUUGUAUGGGUCUUCGUUAUUUACAUAUUCAUUUAAUUUAUGGUUUUUUAUUUGAACAUCUUAUUGAACAUGUACCCAAUCUUGAAAUUCUCUCAGUUCAAUUCAAAAAUGCUUUACUCUGGAAAAACUCACUUGAUUCAGACACCACAACAUUUAUACCGACAAAUGUUAAUUGGUGUAAUAAGAUACCAAAAUUAAAAUAUUUUUCUUUAAAAAGUGCUAUAAAUAGUCAUUUACAGUUCGAUUAUUUAAAAUGGAUUCUUAAUAAUAUAAAUUAUAUUGAUAAAUUAAAAGUUGAUUUAUAUAUAAAAUAUCUAAUGGACUUCAUUAAUGUUAUUGAUGCAAAUUUUCUUCGUAGAUAUUGUAUACCUGAUAUACUAACCAAUUUAAUAUAUUUUGAUUUUUAUAUUAUAUUUAAAUGUCGAUUAUUAUUUUCAAAUGAUAUUCAAAAAAUAAUUGAUUCUUUUAAAACUGAUGAUUUUUUCUCUGAUCAUCAUUGGACAAAUAUUAAAUGUUUUUUUGAUCCUAUUUUGUCAUGUCAACAUAUAUCAUCAACUACAAUAAUUAAAUCAAAAUUCUUUCAUGGUGUUAUGUAA